AUGAUAAGAUCUCAAACAAUAUCUCUUGGAAUUUUCAUAAGGAGUUACCCUGGGUUCACAAAAAAUAGCAGUUUAUUUCAGAAAAUAAAAUCGAAAAUCACGAUUUUGCUAUAUAGCCUUUUCUGUCAAAAGACAAUUGGUAGAAUGAAUGAAAAAAUAGGGUGAGCUUUUGCUAAAUACUCCCAAAAAAAAGAUUGAGCAAGCUAUUUUGCUCAACUUUGAAAGGGAGUUAAUUUUAUUUUUUGAAAUUUAUAAUAAAGUUAUAUGCAUCGCCUGUUAAUAGUCUGAUAAGGGCUUAAAGCACGGGGAUUUGCAAUUGAGCCAUAAGAGGCUUAUCUCUUUAUCCAUCGGCCAGCAUCGGGCUUGCCUUAAAAAUAAUUUUCCAAUUCGAAAAUAGUUUAAGAAAAUAAUAAAUUUAGCUGCUAAAUUCUCUUGAUUGAACCAGCAAGAUCUAUAUAAAAAUUAUUUAUUACAGUGGAGUAAAGAUCUGAUGAGGGAAAAGAAUAAUAAAUAUUAUCCAUAUGGCAAGUCCGAUAAACCACAGAUAAUAAGCAUAUCGUUUCAAAACUUGGUAAUUUUUCGUUUACUUCUUCAUUUCACCAUUGAGAAUAGAGCUUUUCCAUAUUUCAGGUAUAUUUAUUACUUGUAA